GGCCUGCGAGGAUCUCCUCGCUCCUUUCACUCUUCCCACAUCUUGGUCAACAUUAUGGCAGGUUCUAUUGCUGCUGCACGUCCUCUGCGCGCUGGCUUCUCUCUCGCCGCGCGUGCAUCGUCAAAGGAGAACAACCUCACCGACGCGGUCAUCAAGCCUCUCACUGAGGUUGAACUUGAUGAGCGGAUACGAGAGAUCGCAGGGAAGAACAAGAUGCUGAGGAGCUUCAUCGGUAUGGGGUAUUGGAACGCGGUUGUACCCAAAGUUAUCUUGCGUAACAUCACAGAGAACCCAGCAUGGUACACAUCCUACACCCCGUACCAGCCCGAAAUCUCUCAAGGUCGCCUCGAAUCCCUUCUCAACUAUCAGACCAUGGUAACUGAUCUUACAGCGUUGGACGUGGCGAACGCGUCCCUGCUCGACGAGGCGACUGCUGCUGGCGAAGCCAUGAUCAUGUGCCUCGCCACGAUGCCCGCUCACAGUACCAAACGGACCUUCUUGGUCGAUAGUGGUGUGUUCCCCCAAACGAUCGAUGUCUUACACACGCGUUCGAUUGGCUUUGGCGUCAAGGUAGUUGUUGCUGAUGUCCAGGAGGCGAUCAACGACCCUGCGAUCGCUGGUGACCUGAUCGGCGUUCUCGUCCAGUACCCCAAGCAAGAUGGCAGCAUCGUCUACUACUCUGAUCUGUCGAACAAAGUGCACGAGCUUGGCGCGCAUAUGGUCUGCGCCACGGACCUUUUGGCCCUGACGCUCAUCAAGGCGCCGGGAGAGUGGGGUGCGGACAUUGCCCUAGGAUCUUCAGCCAGAUUUGGGGUGCCCGCCGGGUACGGAGGUCCUCACGCAGCCUUCUUUUCUGUCAAGGAUGCGCUCAAGCGAAAGAUGCCUGGUCGCUUGGUCGGUGUGAGCAAGGACACUAUGGGUAACCCUGCUCUGCGUUUGGCCUUGCAGACCCGCGAGCAGCAUAUCAAACGUGAGAAGGCCACCUCCAACAUCUGCACCUCCCAAGUACUUCUCGCCAAUAUGGCCGCAAUGUAUGCUGUCUACCACGGGCCCUCUGGGUUGAAGGCCAUUGCACAGCGUGUUCAGCAGCUCACUCAGGCACUUGCAGCAGCUAUUUCGGCGAAAGGCUACAAGAUCACCAAUGAUACCUAUUUCGAUACCUUAACUGUUGAGGUCCCCUCUGCUGCCGAUGUGCUGUCCAAGGCUCUCGAGAAGGGCAUCAACAUCCGCAGGGUGGACGAUACUCACGUCAGCAUCACGCUUGACGAAAGCGUCCGUCUCCACGACAUCACUGCGCUCGCCUCUUCCUUCGAGGGGGCUACCAUCCCGUCGUCGAUCACUACUGGCGAAUCUAUCCCGUCUGCUUUGCUGCGUACCUCUCCGUAUCUUUCCCAUCCGACGUUCAACGCCUACCACUCCGAGACAGCCAUGCUGCGGUACAUUUACUAUCUACAAGCUAAGGAUUUAUCUCUCGUUCAUGCCAUGAUUCCCCUCGGCUCUUGCACCAUGAAGCUCAACCCCACCUCGACCAUGGCUCCCCUGACGUGGCCAGAGCUCGGCAGCCUCCAUCCGUUCGUCCCCGAGGAUCAAGCGAAAGGUUAUCAUGAGAUGAUCAAGGAGCUCGAAGACGACCUGUGCGCUAUCACUGGCUUUAAGGCCUGCUCGAUUCAGCCUAACUCGGGUGCUUCUGGAGAAUACGCCGGCCUGAUGGUCAUCCGUGAGUACCUCAAGUCUCAAGGCCAGGGCCACCGUGACAUCUGCUUGAUCCCUGUAUCCGCUCAUGGUACGAACCCUGCCUCGGCAAUGAUGGCUGGCAUGAAAGUCCUUUCCGUCAAGGUCCUGGCAAAUGGCAACCUGGACUUGGCCGAUCUCCGCGCCAAAGCCGACAAGUACAAGGACAACCUCGCGGCAUUCAUGAUCACGUACCCGUCCACUUAUGGUGUUUUCGAAGAUACGGUUACCGAGGCUUGCAAGAUCAUACACGAGGCCGGUGCUCAGGUGUACCUGGACGGCGCAAACCUGAACGCUCAGGUGGGUAUCACCAACCCGGCUACAUGCGGCGGUGAUGUCUGCCAUCUUAACCUGCACAAAACCUUCGCUAUUCCCCACGGAGGCGGAGGACCUGGUGUUGGACCCAUCUGUGUUGCUGAGCACCUCGCACCCUUCCUUCCUGGGCAUUCCCAAGUCAAGACCGGUGGCUCGCAGGCGAUGUCGGCUGUCUCUGCUGCGCCUUUCGGCAGUGCCUCUAUCCUCUCCAUCUCAUGGGCCUACAUCAAGAUGCUCGGAGGUUCCGGUCUGAAGGAGGCAACUUCGAUGGCACUUCUCAAUGCUAACUACAUCGCCAAGCGACUCGAGCCUUUCUACCACGUCAAGUUUGUGAACGGCGCGGGCCGUGUUGCGCACGAAGUACUGAUUGAGUUGGCCGAGUUCGACAAGAAAGCUGGCCUGAAAGUGUCUGACUUUGCGAAGCGCCUCCAAGACUACGGUUUCCACCCGCCCACCUGCUCGUGGCCUAUUUCAACUUGUAUGCUGAUCGAACCCACUGAGUCAGAGGAUCUCCAAGAGCUGGACAAGUUCUGCGAUGCGAUGAUUCAGAUCCGGAAGGAGGUGAACGACAUCAUUGCAGGAAAGCAACCGAAAGACAACAACUUGCUGAAGAACGCACCUCACCCUAUCUCCGUCAUCAGCCUUUCAGAAGAGGAAUGGAAUCGCCCUUACAGCCGCACCACCGCUGCGUAUCCUUUGCCCUACCUGAAGAUUCGCAAGUUCUGGCCUACUGUGACUCGCAUUGACGAUGCCUACGGCGAUCUCAACCUGAUGUGCACUUGCCCAUCCGUGGAGGAAAUGGAGGCAAAGUUCUAGAUUCGUGUAGAUACAGGACUUCAGAACUCCUAAUUUUUGGUUUCCAUGUUUCGGGUUUCCAUGUAGACUGGCAUUAUUUUUCUCCUUUCCUCACGGGCUGUUCUACUCUCCUAGAUGGCUCGCCCGGCCAUAAUCCGAUCUGACAAUAGUAGCAUCCUCCUCUGCUCAACCAGAG